AAAAUUUUUUGCAUACCUUAUUUCACUCCAUUUCCUUCUCUCAUGAACAAAACUAUCUCGUGUUGUGACUCUUAUCAACCCUCGCUUAUAUGUCUAGUAGUUCCUACUGUGCCUGUCUCCCCGGCCUGUGCCCUCAAAGCAUCAGUGGUGGGCAUGGUAUGUUCCUGACAUCCUCACAUGUCAGCUUUAGGUGUUCCAACAUCAUAGUCAACCAGAUGACCAUUGAAGCCUGUCUCCCCUUACUGAUACUUGCUCACUUUGCCUGGGUGAAGAUACAUGUUCAUAUCCUUAAGGAAGCAUGAAAAUGCUGUCUGACUACCUAGAAUAUUUCCACUUAAGAUAACUCAGAUUCUGAGGAUAAGGCCAGAUAAAAGGCCAAAUCAGACAAUCUUUGAAAGCAUAGUGUUUCCUUUGGUUGGGGCACCAGCUGGUAAUCCCUUACCUCCUCAUGGACCUGCCAGUAGAUCCGUGCUCCAUCAUUUGCAGGAGGACUUCAGCUUUCCCUACUAACAGCCUAAAGCCAGAGAAUCCAGACAGCCCCUUGGAUCAUGAGAACAGUCAGAUGAGUAGCUCCUGAGAUAAAAAUAAAAUCUUAAAAGAAGAAAAUAGCUUUACCAUUGGGAAGCAAGAGAAGUUUCACUGGAGCUUCUGGGGUGGGCUUCAGGAUGGUGAGAGCUGCCCUCAUUUUGGCAGCUUCAGAAUUAUACCUUGCCCUAGUCAAUAGAAGUUCAUGUCUCAAACACAAAAUAUAAUGUCUUUGUUGCCCACUGAGUGCAGUUAGUUAGUUGAAUUGUAGCUUUUGGGCAAUCCCCUUCCUCUGAGUAGGUUAAGGGUAAGGCAUAUUUCAGGACUUGGCUCAGAAAUAAGUCCUGACUUUUUCCCAGUGAAAAUGCAACUGAAAGUCUCUUUAUAUCCUCUUAGUUUGAAAUCUGCAGCUUGAACUUCCCAGCAUGGGAGAAACUUAUCCCACCUUUCACCCUACCCCACACACACAGCAGUAUCCACAAAGGAAUUAUUUUUUUCCCCAACUGGCCACCUCUCUCUGUCCCUACACACACACACACACACACACACACACACACACACACACCCCAAAGAAAAAGAAAGAUAGGUAUUUCUAGCUUCAUUUUACUCUGUAGGAACAAAUAAGAGUGUGGGACCCUGUGAGUGUGGACAAUACCACAGGCAGAGGGACUCCCUUUCUUUAUUGGUCUGUUGACUCUACUGAAGAAAGCUUUGAAUUCCAGGCUUUGAUUUGCUUCCUCUUCUUAAAAGAGUUAUGAACUCUGUUCUGGAAACAGAGAGAUAGGUUCAAAGUUUAUCAGACAAAAGCAUCUAAGAAAGGGUAGUGCUGAUAUGAAUGCUGAUAUGAAUGACCUGGUCCAGCUGGGGGUAGGAUCCACAUUGUAGGCUCUGAUGCAAUACAUAUGCUGGGGUAGUCCUCGAGCUAAGAGGCCGUUUCUACUUUAAAGAGACUUAAUGACCAUCUAGUUUGAGGUUUUCCUCAGGUCCAUUAUCUCUGAAAAGAGACAUAGGAGGAAGAGGAUUAUUUAUCCUCCCAUUCAUAAGCCUGUGUUUCCUGUUCAAGGAUUUAGGUCACCAAGACACAGACCCAAAAACUAUUCAUUUAAUAACCCAAGAAAGAAGGCAAGCAGGGUGGCCCAAAUCUUCCAACUGGGGCAAGAUUUAAUAAAGUGUUCCAGUAGAAAGAACCCUCUAAUGGUAACUUGGGCUCUACAUGUCCUACUUCUGUUGUUAACCAGAUGGGUGACUCUGGGCUUAGUUUCUUCUGUUAAAAACCAGGAAAUUGUAGGUCAUCUCUCAACUCCAUUUCAGCUCCAGGAUUCCUCAGGUCCUGGAGUACCCCUUCCCUAGACCCUCCACAUGAAGAAGAGAGGCUUACCAAAUUGGAUUGUCAGAGCAAAACUAUUAGCAGUGGAGCCUGAAAACAUCUUUCUGGCCCAGACAACAGUGAGCUUUUUUGAUCAGCAUGUAUUAGGGACUUUUGGCUACAAUUGCAAUCGAAGGCAAUUGUUCCUGUCUCUUCUACAUUUUUUUGCUACUGUACCCUAGUCAGAAUAGUUCAUUGAGACUUCCCUGUAAUUUCAAACUUCACUUGAGAGCACUAACCCUGUUUUGGGCAUCUUUGGCUUUAAAACUGAUUAUUAUAAAACUCAAAUUGAAUUUCCCUGCUCUACUUUCUCCACCCCUGCCCAAACAUACCACUGAACAGCAGUGACUUUGUGACGACUUUCUAUCAACAGAGAGCUAUACUUCGGGGUAUGCCCAAAAACCCCAAAAAGUAUCAUCUCCUGUGUAUCAUAUCUAGUGAUUUAAAGUGUUUAGUUUGGCCCUUUUCCUUCGUUCCUUAUGUCCUGAAAUGAGACAUGGGAGGGAUAGGAUUGUUUCUUCUCCCACUCAUAAACCUUAGCCUUCUCUCUCUUCUGCAGUCUACAUGGGGAGGACAGAGAAGCGCAAAGAACAAGAGAAAAGAUGCAUCCAUCUGAGAUCUAAAAGGAGACAAUGAGAAUCUCUUUAAAAUGGACAUAGAAGACUGCAAUGGCCGCUCCUAUAUGUCUGGUAGCGGGGACUCAUCUCUGGAGAAGGAGUUCCUCGGGGCCCCAGUGGGGCCCUCGGUGAGCACCCCCAACAGCCAGCACUCUUCUCCCAGCCGCUCACUCAGCGCCAACUCCAUCAAGGUGGAGAUGUACAGCGAUGAGGAGUCGAGCAGACUGCUGGGGCCAGAUGAGCGGCUCCUGGAAAAGGACGACAGUGUGAUUGUGGAAGAUUCAUUGUCUGAGCCCUUGGGCUACUGUGAUGGGAGUGGGCCAGAGCCUCACUCCCCUGGGGGCAUCCGGCUGCCUAAUGGCAAGCUCAAGUGUGACGUUUGCGGCAUGGUCUGUAUUGGACCCAACGUGCUCAUGGUGCACAAGCGCAGCCACACUGGUGAAAGGCCCUUCCAUUGCAACCAGUGUGGUGCCUCCUUCACCCAGAAGGGGAACCUGCUGCGCCACAUCAAGCUGCAUUCCGGGGAGAAGCCCUUUAAAUGUCCCUUCUGCAACUAUGCCUGCCGCCGGCGUGAUGCACUCACUGGUCACCUCCGCACACACUCAGUCUCCUCUCCCACAGUGGGUAAGCCCUACAAGUGUAACUACUGUGGCCGGAGCUACAAACAGCAGAGUACCCUGGAGGAGCACAAGGAGCGGUGCCAUAACUACCUACAGAGUCUCAGCACUGAAGCCCAAGCUUUGGCUGGCCAACCAGGUGAUGAAAUACGUGACCUGGAGAUGGUGCCAGACUCCAUGCUGCACUCAUCCUCUGAACGGCCAACUUUCAUUGAUCGUCUGGCCAACAGCCUCACCAAACGCAAGCGUUCCACACCCCAGAAGUUUGUAGGCGAAAAGCAGAUGCGCUUCAGCCUCUCAGACCUCCCCUAUGAUGUGAACUCGGGUGGCUAUGAAAAGGAUGUGGAGUUGGUGGCACACCACAGCCUGGAGCCUGGCUUUGGAAGUUCCCUGGCCUUUGUGGGUGCAGAGCAUCUGCGUCCCCUCCGCCUUCCACCCACCAAUUGCAUCUCAGAACUCACGCCUGUCAUCAGCUCUGUCUACACCCAGAUGCAGCCCCUCCCUGGUCGACUGGAGCUUCCAGGAUCCCGAGAAGCAGGUGAGGGACCUGAGGACCUGGCUGAUGGAGGUCCCCUCCUCUACCGGGCCCGAGGCCCCCUGACUGACCCUGGGGCAUCCCCCAGCAAUGGCUGCCAGGACUCCACAGACACAGAAAGCAACCACGAAGAUCGGGUUGCAGGGGUGGUAUCCCUCCCUCAGGGUCCCCCACCCCAGCCACCUCCCACCAUUGUGGUGGGCCGGCACAGUCCUGCCUACGCCAAAGAGGACCCCAAGCCACAGGAGGGAUUAUUGCGGGGCACCCCAGGCCCCUCCAAGGAAGUGCUUCGGGUGGUGGGCGAGAGUGGUGAGCCUGUGAAGGCCUUCAAGUGUGAGCACUGCCGUAUCCUCUUCCUGGACCACGUCAUGUUCACUAUCCACAUGGGCUGCCAUGGCUUCAGAGACCCUUUUGAGUGCAACAUCUGUGGUUAUCACAGCCAGGACCGGUACGAAUUCUCUUCCCACAUUGUCCGGGGGGAGCAUAAGGUGGGCUAGCAACCUCUCCCUCUCCCCCCAGUCUACCACUCCACGGCCCUGCCUACAGGCAUCGAUCCCUGUCCCCACCAUUUCCCAAGGAGUUUUGCUUUGUAGCCCUCACUACUGGCUACCUGACCUCACGCCUGACCCUGACCCCUCCUCACCUAUUCUCCUCCUCUAUCCUGACCGAUUUAAGCAUUGUGAUGAAACAGGUCUUUUGCUUAUGUUUUUCCUUUUUCUCUUCUCUCAUCCCAGCAUACUGAGUUAUUUAUUAAUUAGUUGAUUUAUUUUUGCCUUUUUUUUUUUUUUAACUUAUAUCAGUCACUUGCCACUCCCCCACCCUCCUGUCCACAGCUCCUUUCCACUUUAGGUCAAUUUUUCUCUCUUAGAUCUUCCAGCAGCCCGAGGCGUAGGAAGCUCCUCUUAGUACUAAGAGACUUCAAGCUUCUUGCUUUAAGUCCUCACCCUUUACAUUAUCUAAUUCUUCAGUUUUGAUGCUGAUUUACCUCCCCCCAGCCCUACCUUAGCUCUGUGGCAUUAUAUCUCCUCUCUGGGACUCUUCAACCUGGUACUCCAUACCUCUUGUGCCCUCUCACUUUAGGCAGCUUGCACUAUUCUUGAAUGAAUGAAGAAUUAUUUCCUCACUUGGAAGUAGGAGGGGCUGAAGAAAUUCUCCCCAGGCACUGUGGGACUGAGGGUCCUCUUGAUGUUCCCCUAGUAAUAUGAGUUCUCAAAGCCUACAUUCAGGAUCUCCCUCUAGGAUGUGACAUAUCUGGUCCCUCUCCUUGAACUACCCCUCCACACGCUCUAGUCCCUUCAACCUACCGGUCUAUUCAGUGGUGGCUUUUCUCUCCUUGGAGUGCCCCAAUUUUAUAUUCUCAGGGGCCAAGGCUAGGUCUAUAACCCUCUGUCUCUGACACAUUGGGAGCCUCAGGUGCCUAAUUGGGAACCAGGGCAUGGGAAAGGGGUGGGUCAAAAUUCUUCUCUUUCUCCUCCACCUCUCAAACUUCUUCACUAUAGUGACCUUCCUAGGCUCUCAGGGGCUCCUUCAGUCCCCAUCCUAUGAGAAACUAGUGGGUUGCUGCCUGAUGACAAGGGGUUAUCUCAGCCCCUCAGUCAUGCUGCCUUCUGCUGCUCCCUCCCAGCAGGGUUCACCCUCUCAUUCCCGGGCUCCUGGGCCCUGUUCUUAGGAUCAGUGGCAGGGAGAAACGGGUAUCUCUUUUCUCUCUUCUAAUUUUCAGUAUAACCAAAAAUUAUCCCAGCAUGAGCAUGGGCAUGUACCCUUCACCCCAUUCCACCCUUGUUCCAGCAAGACUGGGAUGGGUACAACUGAAAUGGGGUCAUCCUUUACUACCCCCUUCUACACUCAGCUCCCAAACACAGGGUAGGAGAGGGUACUCCUGGCUACUGCAGAGACCCCUGGCUAUUUGAGUAACCAAGGAUUAGUGAGAAGGGGCAGAAGGAGAUACAACUCCACUGCAAGUGGAGGUCUCUUUCUACAAGAGUUUUCUGCCCGAGGCCACAGCCAUCCCACUCUCUGCUUCCUUGAGAUUCAAACCAAAGGCUGUUUUUCUAUGUUUAAAGAAAAAAAAAAGUAAAAACCAAACACAACACCUCACAAGUUGUAACUCUUGGUCCUUCUCUCCUUUUCUCUUCCCUUCCUUCCCCUUCCAUCUUUCUUUCCACAUGUCCUUUCCUUAUUGGCUCUUUUACCUCUUACUUUUCUCACUCCCUAUCAGGGAUAUUUUUUGGGGGAUGGUAAAGGGUGGGCUAAGGAACAGAUCCUGGGAUUAGGGCCUUAAGGGCUCUGAGAGGAGUCUACCUUACCUUCUUAUGGGAAGGGAGACCCUAAAAAACUUUCUCCUCUUUGUCCUCCUUUUUCUCCCCCACUCUGAGAUUUCCGCAAGAGAACCAGAUUGGCAGGGAGAAGCAUUGUGGGGUGAUUGUUGACAAUGUAGCAAUAAAUAGAUGCUGCCAAGGGCAGAGAAUGGGGAGGUUAGCUCAGAGCAGAGUGGUCUCUAGAGAAAGGAAGAAUCCUCAACGGCACCCUCGGGUGCUAGCUCCGUUUUAGAAUGUCAGCAGAGCUGAGAUUAAUAUCUGGGCUUUUCCUGAACUAUUCUGGUUAUUGAGCCUUUCCUGUUAGACCUACCCCCUCCCCCCUCUUCUGUGUCUGCUGUGUAUUUGGUGACAUUUCAUAAGGACUAGUCCCUUCUGGGGUAUCAGAGCCUUAGGGUGCCCUCAUCCCCUUCCCCAGUCAACUGUGGCACCUGUAACCUCCCGGAACAUGAAGGACUAUGCUCUGAGGCUAUACUCUGUGCCCAUGAGAGCAGAGACUGGAAGGGCAAGACCAGGUGCUAAGGAGGGGAGAGGGGGCAUCCUGUCUCUCUCCAGACCAUCACUGCACUUUAACCAGGGUCUUAGGUACAAAAUCCUACUUUUCAGAGCCUUCCAGCUCUGGAACCUCAAACAUCCUCAUGCUCUCUCCCAGCUCCUUUUGCAUAAAAAAAAAGUAAAGAAAAAGAAAAAAAAAAUACACACACACUGAAACCCACAUGGAGAAAAGAGGUGUUUCCUUUUAUAUUGCUAUUCAAAAUCAAUACCACAAACAAAAAAAUUUCUAAGUAGACACUUUUCCAGACCUUUGUUUUUUUGUGUCAGUGUCCAAGCUGCAGAUAGGAUUUUGUAAUACUUCUGGCAGCUUCUUUCCUUGUGUACAUAAUAUAUAUAUAUAAAUAUAUAUAUUUUUAAUCAGAAGUUAUGAAGAACAAAAAGAAAAAAUAAACACAGAAGCAAGUGCAAUACCACCUCUCUUCUCCCUUACUCUUAGGGUUUCCUUUGUAGCCUAUGUUUGGUGUCUCUUUUGACCUUUACCCCUUCACCUCCUCCUCUCUUCUUCUGAUUUCCCCUCCCCCACUUUUUUAAAGAGUUUUUCUCCUUUCUCAAGGGGAGUUAAACUAGCUUUUGAGACUUAUUGCAAAGCAUUUUGUAUAUGUAAUAUAUUGUAAGUAAAUAUUUGUGUAAUGGAGAUAUACUACUGUAAGUUUUGUACUGUACUGGCUGAAAGUCUGUUAUAAAUAAACAUGAGUAAUUUAACACC